AUGGCCGCAAAUUUUUGGAACAGCAGUCAGAAGUUAGUUUUUUUCCUCUUUAAAAAUUGUUUUUUCUUUGAACUUUGAAAGAAGAUAAUUUUUAAGUUUCACACGCACCUUUGAGACAUUAUUUUGCUUCGAAAACAUAAUUUCAUGCAUUUCCCUUUAGUGAACAAUGGAUGUUCGACAAAAGCGAAUUGAUGCGAAGUCGCUCGGAGGAUUUGAAGAUUUACACCGAAGAAGAAUACGCGAAAUUCAUGAUUUUCUGGGCAAAUUGUUGGUUCUCUUCAUUUUGAUUGAAUAAUUGUUCAUUUUUCCAAGAUAUCCAAGCGAUUUGCACGGAAGGUUCGGCCGUUUCGAAUAAUUGCGUUAAAACGAGGAUUUUGGUUUGUCAAACGGCGACCGUGUAUUUCAAGCGGUUUUAUACGAGGUUAACAUUUUUUUACUUCUCAUAAAAUCUGGUUGGUUUUUUAAAGGGGCAUGAUUUGAUUUCAUGAAGGUCUUGAAACGAAAAAGCCAUUUUUUUAGGUCAAUUCAGCUUAUAAGAAUUUUUGACUUUGAAACCUCUUCAAGAAUUUUUAAAAAAGAUUUUAGGAGACAAAAAAAUCCCAAGUGACCUUUUUAAGGGUCUUAAAAAAACUUUCUCAAGAAAAAGACUUUUUAUCGGUUUUUCCUCUCUUCUGAAAAAUUUUUCAGGAAGAUCUUCUACUUAACACCUUUUUCAUGCCCUUGAAAAAAACUCUUCGAGAGAAAAAAAUUAAUGAAAACUUGUGAGGAAGGCCUUCUGAAGGCUUUACUUUGAAAAGCUUAUUUUUUAGGUGUUUCUAUAUAUUUUCCCAAAAGUUUCUCGGUUUAUAAUGAACUCUUCCUUACAGAAGGUCAUUCAAAGACAUGGAUCCAUUUUUGGUCGGAGCGACGGCAAUUUAUUUGGCCUCGAAAGUCGAUGAAAUGGGCCCAUUGAGUUUGACCUCGCUGAUCAAAAAUGUUGGCCAUGUUUGUGAGUUUUUUUCUUGUCUUAAAAAGUACAUAAUUUGUUAGAGGGUCUCUUUUGAGUUUUUGAGAGGAGCAUAGACGAUUUUUAUAAAGGUCUCGAGGCGAAGAGCCGUUUUCAGAAAAAGUUCUAGGCCAUGCUAGACUUUCAAAAAGCCCUACCAAGAAACUAUAUUUAUCGAUAGUCGGUUUUUCAAAUUAUGGAGUAUUUUUUUAAAUGUUUUUCAAAAAUACAAAGCUUCACUUGGAAAAAGUGCGCUCCUGUAAUUUUCAAAUGAAAAGAAUUUGGAAGCUAUUUUUGAAUUUGAGUAACAAUUUUUUUCGAUUUUUUUCUCAAGUUUAAAGAGAUUUAAAUUGAUUUUUACUUCAUUUCCAAAAAAAUUUUGAAUUUUGACGUAAUGUUUCAUGAAUCGUUUCUUCUUCUUCUUCUUCCUACGUCUUUAUACCGCUUGAGCGGCGUCGGCGCCCCUAAGUCGAUUGGCCGAGGUCCUAUCCUGAUAUCAGUGGACUGGCUCGAGUGACAUAUCCGUCCUUGUGUGUGACGGCUGGGAAUUUUUGAAGUCGUGGUUUCCCACUACCAACAUUUCUUAAACCCCUUGGUUGGGUCGGGGCGGGGAUCAAACUUGUGACCCUGUGGACCGUAGACAGGCACACAACCUGCACCCAGUUUCGUGGACUAUAUCGCAGCGAGAGUGGCGCGACAUAGCAGCGACAUAUCUCGCUGCCAUCUCGCUCAGCUCUAGCAAACUCCCGGCGCGAUAUCGGCGCGAGGUCGCGGAUUAUCGAUUGGUCACUAUUUACGUGCCAUCAAAAUUUUACUUGAAUUGUUUUAUUUUUUUCGUGUGUUAUAUUCUCUCUGAUUUUUUUAUGUCUAUUUUUUUCACUUAAUAUUUCUAAAAUGUUAAUUUUACAACUAAUGUAACGCUCAUACAGUACCGUCAGGAAAGGAAAAAUAUUUUUCGCUCACAACUUCCUCGUAUAGAGCUCAAUCUUUCUGAAACGUUUUCAGCUGUGUUUCUAAGUUUUCACCACGGUGUUACAAUCAACAGUCAUCAUAUUUCCAGAAAGUUUCAAAAGGGUGAAAUCCCAUUAAAGAAAGUUGUGAUAAAGAAAAAGCUUUUUUGUAUAUAUUUUGACGGAACUGCACACCUUUCUUGAAUUUGAAAGUCCUUUUUUUCGCAUCAUGUUUUAACCAAGAAUUUCAGGUUAUUAGUACUUCAAAAUGGCAUCUAACAUCGAUCAAUAAAAGUCAAAGAAAGAUCCGUGGGAGAUGGCACCGAAACUUUGCUUUUGGAUACAAUCAAUAAGAUUCUUGGUAAACUAUUUUUUUGAAACAGUAUAUCCAUUUUUACUUGAAGAUAUGAUUUGCACUUUGGCGUCGAUGGGUAAGGAAAAGAAGAAAUGAGGCAUGAUUUCGAGAAAGCACGUACUGCUGUCUUGAUACAGUCGCUCCUGUGAGUUAUUCUCUUAUUCAAGGUUGGACUUUUUUUCAGUAUUUCUCUUUUUUUAACCGAUUUUAUCAUUUAGAAAAAGUUCUUGACGCAGCAAAUGAAGGAUAUGCCGAAAAACUAUCGAGUCAAAGCUUACAGUAACAUUUUUUUAAAGGGAACUUAGUGUCAAUCUGAUUGUUUAACUUAAUUUUCUUUUUCAAAACUUCUUUCAUUUUCAUUUCGAGCCUCCCUCCUUUAUCUAAUUUGAACUUUUUAAAGAUCAUCUACGAGCUUACAAUCGGUUUACUUUUUCUGUUUUUUUAUUGAAACUACUCUUUUUCCUAGUCACAUUUUUUUCCUAUGAAAAAAAUAAACGAUACACAUGUUUUUUUCGUCAUAUUGUCCCUUUUUUUAUUCUUACUUGAAGCUUCACUCUUUCGCCUCAAUUCGAUCUUUUUUUCAGAUUUGUACAUACUUUCCGUUUACUUCGAAUUCGAAAAUGUAUCAUCAAUUAUUUGGAAAAAUUUCUUUAAUGCUCUCAAGUUUUCAUUUAAAUAUAUUGUUUAUAUUAAAUAAAAAAAGUAAAUAAGGUUGAUAAAGACCGAUAUGUUAUCAUGAACAACCCAAUAAAAGUAUGAAGCAUAGAAAAGCAAAUCAGAAAAAAGCCCAAUCGAGCUAAAAAAAUUUUUUUUUGAAAGAGCGGCAUAGCAGCGAGAUGUGAGCGACCUUGCGCCGAGAGGCGAGCGAUAUAGCUCGCGGCUCCCCCGCGAUAUAGCGUUUCUCUCGCUGCGACCUCGUCCGUAAAACUGGGUGUGUUGCGCUACGGCACGCCCCGUUUCAUGAAUCGUUUCAUAUUAAUAAUUUUUUGAAAAGAUUAUUUUGUGCAUGGUUCUUUUCUCGAUUGGAUUGGUUUCUUAUCAGUUUAAUGUAAGGAUUAAUUUAUUAAAAUUCGCAUGCGUAAAAUUUCAGGCGCCUUUGUUAAAUUUGUAAUUGAAAAUUGUCAAAAAUGGGCGUUUUUGUGAUAACUCGAUAUUUAUGAUUUUAAAUGAAAAAUUGAACAUUCAAGAAUAAUAAAGUUGAAAAAGUUCAGCUUUAUUUUAUGAUCUAUUCAAAGAAAAAGUGAUAUACGGUGUUGGUUAAAUUUGAAUAAUAAGUGAUCAAUGCGGCUAUAUUUUUGGCGAGUUGGAAGAAAAAGAUAACUUGGCAUUUUUAGAUAUGAUAUAAAAAAAAUAACCGUUUGCUGCUUAUUUCCGAUUAUCAAGUAGGAAAAUAACUGAAUGCGGCUUUUUUGUGUUCACAGGCAAAGUCGGAAAGGGUCGAAAAAGGUUCCAUAAAAAAAUUUCCUUUUUUGCUGCCUUUUUGCGCCAUUUUAUGCGCCCUUAUGCACCAUUUUUGCUGCCUCUUCCUUUUUCCACCAUUUCUAGAGCCUUUGAAAUCCAGAAAAAAUGGAAGGCUUGAUAAAGGGACCCUUCUUGCUGCCUUUCUGCGGCCUUUUUUGAUCCUUUUAGCGGAAUCUUUCCGAUUUUGCCCGAGUUGAACAAAAAGAAAAAAUCAACUUUUCCAUGUUUUGAGGUGAAUUGAAGGAACAUCUCAUUGCGGCUUUUUUUUCUGUUGAAUAAGCUGAAAAUCCAACCUGUUGCAGUACAAAAAAGAUGGCCGAUGAUCGCGUUUGACCCCUCGCCGUCGAAAAACGCGGCAGUUUACGACGGCGAAUUUAUUCUCCUCGAAAUCAUGGAUUGCUGUCUGAUUGUCUACCAUCCACACAGGCCGAUGAACAUUUAUUUGCAGGUGAUUUUCUGAAUUUUUCAAUUUUUGCGAAGUCGGAAGGACCCUUGACGGGCCCUCUGAGCGUCCUUUAUGGGUGCAAAAGGUCUCCUUUUUACUGCCUUUUUUUCCGUCCAUUCAUCGGCCUUUAUGCAGAAUUUUUGGACCCUUUUGAGAAACAGAGAGUUUUUUUAAUUGAGAAUAAUCUCUACCAGUGACUUUGUAUGAACCAAAAUGAGCCUCAGUAAUAAAAUCGGAAAUCUUCAUAAGCAGAGUCUUUCAGAGCCCUUUUUCCACCCUUUUUGGACCCUUUUUGAGAAAAAAAUAAUUUUUUUAAAUUGAGAGUAAAGUUUAUCAGUGACCGUGUAUGAACCAAAAUGAGCUACAGAAAAAUUUUCAGCACCCUUUUUUCACCCUUUUUGAAGCUUUUCAGCCCACCCAGAAAGAAAGGCUCAAUAAAGGCCGUAAAAAGGACCCUUUUAGCGGCCAUUUUGCACCCGUUUUCCGCCCUUCCGACUUUGGCAGGGAAUAAAGAUUUGGUUCUUGUGGAUUUUGAUAAUAUUUCAGGAUUUACAAAAGGAACACCAACUCAAGGAGUUUGACCAACUCGAGGCCCAGUGCUGGAAGGUAACAUUUUCUCGAAAUAUUCUCAAUUUUUUGUAAAAUCAAACAUUUUUUAAUAAAGCAGUAUACUAUAGAGGGCGGGAGAGAGUUGAUAAAAAAAUUUUUAAUUUUUUUUUUUCUGAUUCACAUAAUAAUUUUAGAUUUAAAAUGUCCUGAUUUUAUCAUUAUUUAUUUUUUUGAGUCCCGAUGGGAUUGUCAAAGUAAAUUUGAUGGAACUCAAAUUUUCUCUGUUCUCGUGAAGCAUUUUCCGUAGAUUUCGCUGAAAAAUUGUUGAAACUGAAUCGGAAAAGUAUUUUCAUAGGCAAAGUCGGAAAAGGCUUCAUAGUAAAGUUCCCUUUUUGCUGCUUUUUUGCGCCAUUUUAUCGGCUUUUAUGUACCAUUUUAGCUAACUCUCCCCUUUUCCAAAAAGUCCUCGCUAGAUUUUUUCGAUGUUUUUAUUCAAUUCGAUGGAAGGCUUAUUUAUUACCUAGUGGAUGGAAGAUGCACUGAAUGAAAAGGAAAGAAAUUAACAAAAAAUAUAUGGUUUGAAACGUAUUUCGGCGGGUUUCUAGACACUUGAUAUGUUAUGUUAAAAAUGACUGAAACGUGUUUUUAGAGAUUUAAAGGUGUUAGAAUCGAGGGUUUAGGGAUUUCUUGAUCCUCAAACUGGUUCAAAGUUAAGGAGAAACACUGUUUCUAACCCUAUUUGUAAGUUUCUCCAAAGGCAAAGUUGGAAAAGCUGGAAAAAAGAUGCAUAGAAAAGUUCCUUUUGGGGUGACAAAAGUUCUUGUUUUGCUACCUUUUCUCGCCAUUUUAUCGGCUUUUAUGUACCAUUUCAGCUAACUCUCCCCUUUUCGACCAUUUCUGGAGCUUUUGAAAUCCUAGAAAAAGUAAAAAUUCUCGAAAAAGGGCUCAUCUUGCUGCCUUUCUGCGGCCUUUCUUAAGCCUUUUAGCGGCAAUUAUGCACAAUUCGGACUUUUCCUCAAAAUCAUUGAUUUUAUUUUCAAAUUUUUUUUAGUUCAAAAUAAGUUUAUAGCAGUUUUAGAGCAAUGAUAACAGGUAUGAGAUCUUCAAUCAUGUAAAAAAUUUCAAAACGUCCCAAAGUUCAAAAUAUUCCAAAAAAAAAAGACCUUGAUACUUAAAACAUUUCCGAGUAAAUGAAAAACUUCAAAAUACAGUCCAUUUUUCGCGACUUGACAGACCUCUCUGCGCCCUCCUUAUCUCUCAACGUCUCUCUCUCUCAUGUUUACGUGCUAUUUCCUCGCCGGUGAGGGAACAGAGAGACGCAGACACGCGAAAACUGUCAAGUCGUGGCGGAUGGACUAUACUUCAGAAAUUCUAAAUUUUUUCCAAUUUCCUUAAUUUUCCAGGUGGCCAAUGAUACAUUGCGAUGCGACGUUUGCCUCCUUUUCCCCCCGCAUAUCAUCGGAAUCGGUAAACUUUUCCAUUUUCCCCAGUUUUUGAUCAUCUUCCCGAAUUUCAGCCUGCAUUAUCGUCGGAGCCGAGUUGAUGAACCGCGAGAAAGACAUCAAAACUUGGCUGCCCGAACUCUCCGUUGAUUUUGAAAAGGUUAGUGAGGAAAAAUAAUUGGUUCAGAGUCCAGAGGGGUCCCUAUAGGGGAAACCUUGGAGGAUCUCCUCUAGGGACUACUUCAUAGCUGACGGCUGGCUUGAGCCAUCGAAAAAGGAUCCUGACACGGUAAUGCACGAGAUGACGCCUGACUCGUGGAGAGCGCAGACAGGACACGCCCUCUUAGUGUCCCAAGCUAGCCGUGAAUCAGCUAUACCUACAGUCCUAUAUACUCCAGAGUGAUCCCUAUAGGGACAACCUUAGGGACCAUUUUUACCAACCCCUCUAAGGGCCACUAAAGCUUGCAAGAGUGGUCCCUAUAGGGGUUUAGUUAGUAACUCCUUUAGGGGGACUUGCUAGUCCUUGAAUUUUAUGUACUCUAUGAGGGGAUUUUCAUGCGAAAAAAUUAAAUUAAUAAGCGUUUUUCGAAUAAUAUUGAAAGACCCUAUAGUGACCACUUUAGCUUAAAAGGCUAAGGAAUCAGACCCUAAAUCCCCAUAGGGACCAUUUUACCGAAAAAAGUGGUCCUUGUAGCGGCCCCUAUAGGUAUCACUCUGGAAUUCCAUUUUAAUAUCCUCCGAGCUACAGAACCGUAUUCUUGCCUGAUUGCAUGCGCCUUUAAUAAAACCGUGACUUUUUGGCUAUAUUAAAGGCGCAUGUGCAGAAUCAGGCCGCGCAUAUCGAAGAACUAUGCUCUGCUCUAAAGUUGAUUCACCACUGACUUGAGCCAUCGAAAAAUGGGUCCCGACACGAUUCAAAAAACGAGAUAGUGCUUCCUUGGAGGAGAGUGCAGACCUGUAAAAUAAAACUUCAGGUCGGCGAAUGCGUUCAGAUGAUCUUCAACAUGUACAAACUGUGGAAGGCGUUCGACGAACGGGAGCAGAUCAAGGCGCUCGUCUCGAAACUGCCCAAGAUCGCGCCAGGACCCAAUGGUUAUUGAUUUUAUUUUUAAAAACUAUACAUACCUAUAUAUAUUUAUAUAUAAUUAUAGUAUUAUAUCACCCAAUCAAAAAGGAAAGACUUGUACACUCUCUUGUAUUUAUUUCCAGGACCAUUUUUCCAUCAGCACUACGGCCCGAAGAUCUCAAUGUACUAG